GUUUGGACUGAAGGAGCGUUACAGAGAAACAACACAGCAGCAGUUGGAAGAAAUGGCGGCUAGAAAUCCUCUUUCAGAAGAAGAGCUUUCAUGUCCUGUGUGCUGUGAGAUCUUCAGGGAUCCGGUGGUUCUGUCAUGUUCCCACAGUGUGUGUAGAACCUGUCUGCAGCAGUUCUGGAAGACUAAGGGCUCUCGAGAAUGUCCAGUUUGUAGAAGAAGAUCCUCUAAGCUUGAUCCUCCCUGUAAUCUGGUACUGAAGAACUUGUGUGAAGCUUUUCUGGAGAGCAGGAGUCAGAGAUCUUCAGCAGGGUCUGAGGGGGUCUGCAGUCUGCACAAUGAGAAACUCAAGCUCUUCUGUUUGGAUGAUCAGCAGCCUGUGUGUGUGGUCUGUCAUCUAUCAAAAUCACAUAAAAAUCACAAAUGCUGUCCAAUAGAUGAAGCUGUGACUGACUGUAAGACUAAACUCCAGACUGCUUUGGAGCCUCUACAGGAGAACCUGAAAGUCUUAGAGGAAGCUAAACGAGACUGUGAUCAAACAGCAGCCCACAUUAAGACGCAGACCCAGCACACAGAGAGACAGAUAAAGCAGGAGUUUGAGAAGCUUCACCAGUUUCUAAGAGAUGAAGAAGCAGUGAGGAUAGCUGCACUGAAGGAGGAAGAGGAGCAGAAGAGUCAGAUGAUGAGGAGGAAGAUUGAGGAGAUGAAUGAAGAAAUAUCAUCUAUUUCAGACACAAUCAGAAACAUAGAGAAGGAGAUGAAAGCUGAGGACAUUCAGUUCUUACAGAACUUCAAGUCUACAGAGAAACAAGUUCAGCGCUCACCAAAGCAUCCAGAGAAGACAUCAGGAGCUCUGAUCAAUGUAGCCAAACACCUUUCCAACCUGAAGUUCAGAGUGUGGGAGAAGAUGCAGGAGAUUAUCCAGUACACUCCUGUUACUCUGGACCCCAACACUGCCCACCCAAAACUCCACCUGUCUGAUGAUCUCACUGCUGUAGAAAAGAGAGACCAGAGAUCAUCAGUUCCUGAUAAUCCAGAGAGAUUUGAUAAGUACAGGUGUGUUCUGGGUUCUGAGGGUUUUAAUUCAGGGACACACUGCUGGGACGUCCAGGUUGGAGACUGUGAUGACUGGAUACUGGGUUUGAUCCCAGAAUCUGUAACAAGAAAGGGAGACUCUUUCUGGGAUUCACUGUGGGGUCUGGGUUACUAUAAAAGCGAUGAUGAAUACUGGAUAUGCUGCCCAGGACAGUCAGAACUCUCCCUCACCCCUAAAGAGAAGCUGCAGAGGGUCAGAGUGCAGCUGGACUGGGACAGGGGGAAACUGACCUUCACUGAUCUUCUAACCAACACACACCUGCACACUAUAACACACACUUUCACUGAGAGAGUUUUACCUCUUUUCUGUAAUGUGUCUGUUUAUCCUCUGAGGAUCUUACCAGUGAAGACGUCAGUAACAGUGGAACAGCACAGUUAAAGUUAACUCUGCUCAGAAUCAACAUUUAUACAGGUAGUGAGUUUAUUAUUAAAAUAUCAUUACAUUUAUAUUAGAAAUAAUGUAUCUGUACUGUGGGAGUGACUUCUGAUAUCAUUACAUUAGAAACAUUACUGGAGUGUGAUUUCACACGUUUUCAGGGUUGAUUAUAUUUUCUGUCUUUAACUGCAUUAUAUUAUAAUUAACAUAAGUUAAUUAACAUGUUGAUUAAAUAUCAUAUUUUGUUAUAUUUGUUUAUGUACCUGGUAAAAUAAACUAUACUAAAUUUUGAAUAAAGAAAUUCUAUUUGUAAUUAUUUUGUAAGAGUAAAACUUCAUAAAACUGUUUUAUGGUUAAUAGGUAAAGGAAUUAAGCAGGAAUUAUUGAAAGUGCUGAAAUAACACCUAAAUCACUUCUAUUAAUGACCAAGAAACACUGAUUAAUUAUUCAGUCUGUUAUAAGUUAUAUAUAUGUACACUCAGCACCCCAUCUUGGAAGGAAAAAACAGAAAUGUUGAAGAAAAUUGAAAUAACACAUGGUCAUAAGUAUUCAGACCCUCUGCUCAGUAUUGAGUAAAAACACCCACAUCCAUUUCUGG